CGAUAGGUUGAAACGUCGAUUAUUAAUUUUGAAAGCGUACCCUGUUAAUUUUAUAUUGGCAGUUACUGGGCUUAACGUUAAAUACAUGCACGUUUCAGUAUUUUGCUUGUAAAUGUAUACUUUCAUUUUCAUUUUAUUUUGUUUAUAAAGGACAACGCACAUUAAUCAACAUUUCUGUAAAUGAGCCAGUGUUAGCAAGCCGGCUAAUUUUCAGAAAACAGACAUUAGCACAGGUGAACGUGUACAAACAGAAGUCAAUACGACACCACAAAGACAGCUAGCUAGAGCAACAAAAUAAGCUUUCUCAAGAAGCCAUGCAGGGCGAAAGAUACCGUUAAGCUAGCUAAAUUCUGGUAUGCAUUGUCCAAUAACGUUAAAUGGCGAUAUACCAUCAUAACGAUAGAACGAAGCUGCACAGUCCCAAAAUGUGUCGUCCUCUUAACAUAGACAGGUGGUGCACAGACCAACCUAAUCUACCCUCCAGCCAACUAGGGAGUCUGGCCUUUGUUUACCUGCCUCUCAGGUAAAAGGGGAGCAGGGGGCAGGGCCACCCACCCAGUAGGAGGGAUGCCUGUGGAGGGCGGAAGCAGCAGCGGCUCUGCUUCGGCUGCCCGCCACCCCAAGCAGAAGAGGAAGGCUCACAGUUUGUCUAUCCGGCGCACCAACAGCACAGAGGAGAGGCCACUAGGCAUCCAAAGAGGAGACAUGCUGGAGGGACAGGACUCGAAGCUGCCCCUCUCCAUACGGAACAACCUUCUUGACCUUUUUGGCCAGAUUGAGCGCGAGUUUGAAAAUCUUUACAUUGAAAACCUUGAAUUACGCCGGGAAAUCGACUCUCUGAAUGAGCGUCUGACCGGAGAUGGACAGACUAUUGAGGGAGGAGACCCCACCAAGGGAGCUCUGAAAACAAAAGCCAGCCACAGCACCAGUCAACUGUCACAGAAGCUGAAGACGACCUACAAAGCCUCUACCAGCAAGAUUGUGUCCAGUUUUAAAGCCACAGCAGGGUCCCGGGCUUUGUGCCAGCUGCUCAAGGAGUAUGUGGGCCAUCGGGAUGGGAUCUGGGACCUCAGCAUCACCCGAACUCCGCCAGUAGUCCUGGGCACCGCCUCCGCAGAUCACUCAGCUCUGCUGUGGAGUAUAGAGACUGGGAAAUGUCUGCUGAGGUAUGCUGGCCAUGCAGGAUCAGUCAACUCCAUCAAGUUCCAUCCUACAGAGCAGAUGGCCCUCACAGCCUCUGGGGACCAGACGGCUCACAUCUGGCGCUACAUGGUGCAGCUUCCUGUCCCCCAGCCACCACCAGAUGUCAGUGCUCCGUGUGAUGACGACCAGGACUCGUCAGACAGAGAAGAAGGCGAGGUGGAUGGCGAGGGCCCUUGCGAGGUGCCCACCGUCCGGCUCGCUACAGCAACCCUGAAGAGCCACCAGGGUGUAGUGAUCGCAGCUGAUUGGUUGGUGGGAGGCCGUCAGGUGGUGACCGCUUCCUGGGAUCGUGCUGCCAACCUGUAUGAGGUGGAGACGUCUGAACUGGUUCACACACUCACUGGACAUGACCAGGAGCUGACCCACUGCUGUACCCACCCCAGCCAGCGGCUGGUGGUCACUUCAUCCAGAGACACCACCUUCAGACUGUGGGACUUUAGAGACCCGUCCAUCCACUCUGUCAAUGUCUUCCAGGGACACACUGACACGGUGACGUCUGCAGUGUUCACAGUGGGUGACAAUGUGGUUUCAGGGAGUGACGAUCGCACCGUCAAGGUGUGGGAUUUGAAGAACAUGAGAUCGCCUAUAGCAACCAUCCGCACUGACUCAGCUGUGAACAGGAUAAGUGUCUCUGCCAACCAGAGGAUCAUCGCUCUGCCACACGACAAUCGUCAAGUGCGACUGUUUGACAUGAGUGGAGUGAGGCUGGCCAGACUUCCACGCAGCAACAGAAUGGGUCACAGGCGAAUGGUGUGUUGUACAGCGUGGAAUGAAGAGAACCAGUCGUGCAACCUGUUCACCUGCGGCUUCGACCGACAGGCCAUCGGCUGGAACAUCAACAUCCCCGCCCUGCUGCAGGAGAAGUGAUGCCCCUGAUACACACACACACACAACAGAAACACACAGUAAAGUAGGAGACAGAACACUGUAAUCAGUGGCCUCGCACAUGCCAGAAUUUUUAAAGUGUUUACCCAGUGAAGCAUUUUAGUGGUCAUGUAUUUCACAGAUUUUCAGAUGCUCUGUGUGUGUGUGUGUGUGUGUGUGUGUGUGUGUGUGUGUGUGUGUGUGUGUGUGUGUGUGUGUGUGUGUGUGUGUGUGUGUGUGUGUGUGUGUGUGUGUGUGUGUGUGUGUGUGUCAUUUAGUUUGCACAUCUGCAGUCAAAUCCUGCAGUACAUCUCCUGGUGUUAAAAGACUGACACGGUUCCAACAUUUUGAAGUCUAAGUGAGUGCGAGGCCACAGAGUUGAUCUCCUGCAUUUGACCCUUUCACAUAUCUAGCAUGCGUUGUGAAUUGUGACGUGGCUAGGCUGAUUCUUUCAUUCCUAGCCUUUUCUGUUUUAAAGUAUAAAAGUAUAUAUUUGACUCCACAGUCAUAGGCUGCUGUUCACAUCACUGUUGUUUAGUUACUGCUGAAUGGUUGCUACUGCAUGUAGAUAAUCUCGGUUUGCAAAUGUUACUUGUAAAGAUGUGAGAGAACAAUUAAAAGGCCAGAAGAGUGUGUAGAAUAUCAUAGAAAGAAGUUAUGUAUAUAUUAUGUCAUGGCCUGAUUAAGUGACCUGUGUUGCAGGUUGUUGCUAUUUCAUGGAUUAAGUGUCUUAACAGUUAUCUACCUUUUGAAAGUGAAGUUUGGCAGAGAUAGCUUGGUUCUGUGAAAUGUUUUUAUCCUUUUAGUGAAAUAUUUGUUAUUAUGGAACAAAACAUAUAAUAUUCUGGCCUACCAGAUUACCUGCGCAGCAUGGUUCAUUCAAUUGUCAUAAAAUGUUUCAAACUG